GACGAAUUGGACGAGGACGAUGAGAACGAACUUUGGGCAAUUUAGUAGUCACGAUAACCAUUGAACCUUUACUUCAACAAGAUCUCGCUGGAGAUGCGUUGGAACAAUGUCGUUUGGCCUCGUCUGCGGAGCCUGGCACGACACUUUUUAAAGCUUCAGCAACCAGUAAUCGGCAACCAGCGAACCGCUGCCACAUAAAACGGAAGUCGAUAGCAAUAUUAAAGGACUUGCGGUCAGUUGCUGCCAGAUUACAGUGUUGUGCUGGCCUCUAAGGUCUCGGAAAAGAUGGCGGAUCUGCUGAAGAGUCUGACUAGGAUUACGAAAUGCUUGCAUAAUCACACCGCGAAGGCUGUGAAACUGGAGCGGAGGGUUCACACCAAGCAUGACACCCCCCCUAUCCAAACGACUUGAUACGCAACCGGAAGAAUGUCUGCUCAUUAUCCUUCGGCAUCUUCCAGCAUGUUAUUUGGUGAACGUCUGCCAAACAAACCGGUACUUUCGUGACUUGGGCUAUGAUGAGGGUCUUUGGAAGCACAAGUGCAUUGAAGAUUACGGUCUGCAAUCUAUCGCCCAGCGGGAAGUAACCAGCUGGCGAGCGCUCUAUGGGCGCCUAAAGAGUCCGAAAUUGUUUGAGUGGGAUAGUAAUACCUACCCUAUCGAUUAUGGAAGGUUUGCUGGCAAGAAUUUGGUCAAAGUCGUUUGCACCGGAUGGGGAAGACUUGCUUCUACGGUGACCGGCGAAAUCUGGUUUUGGGGUCAAAUGAACGGUGAAACAUGGGGCGACAAUAGAAGUAGGAGUUAUCUACAACCGGUGCAAGUUGCAAAUUCUAGCUCGCGUCUACCCAGAGUGCUCGAUGUCACUGGAGGAAGGACUUUUGGUGUCGCCUUGACAGAAGACCCAGACGGUUUGGGCCGUAAACGCGUCUUUGUCUUUUCUAGUGUGGAAGCGGUAUGGGAACAUGAAGGGCUUCGUGACAAGGAUAUCGUCAAAGUCACUGCAGGAUGGGCCCACGGACUCGCCAUGUCCCGCUCCGGUACGAUCUACGUCUUUCCUACCGAAAAUGCCAGGAAUCAGCAAUACAAGACGAUUUCUCCGCCCUCUAUGGACAACCCAUACGUCGAAAUGGGAGGUGGUGAGGAUUUCUGUGUAGCUCUUACGCGCCAUGGGGACGUGUACAAGUGGAGCCCAAACGCCGAUGAGGCAUUAAUUGUCCCAGAUUUAUCAGGAUUACGCUUCACAAAGCUGUCUUCGUUUUUUCGCCAUUAUGCAGCUUUUGGUCAAGAUGUUAGGCGUUCUAACAUGCCACCGAAACAGUCAAGUACCAAGCCAGUCGUUCCAAUCUGGUGCAAAGACAGAUCAAACAUUUUCGGCUUGACAUUGCCGGAUGGAUCUAAUCCACACAACGCCAUUCGGCAGAUAGCGUUUGGAGAUUGGCAUAGUUUGUGUCUGACCAAAAAUGGAAAAGUCUAUAAAUGGGGAGAGGGAUGCACAGCUUUGAAAAACGCAUUUCCACAAUCGGGGCCUGCCCUAGGAUGCUCAGAAAGCUCAUGCGAACUCCUACCAUUCUCGAAUACCGAUUGGUUUGUAAUACAAAUAGCGGCGGGUGGUCAUCAGGCUGCGUGUUUGGCUGUCGAGGUGUAUUGACGUGCUAGGUAGUUGUGGUGCAGUUGAUGCCAUUGCGGUAGAUAGAACACAUAUGUAGCCAAAAUGCCAAGAUUGACAUAUCAGUCACAAGUCAUCUCUCUUCUCAAUACUAUGGUACAAAUUCCUCUAUCA